UAUUGGUCACACUACGUUUUUUCCGGCUCUGGCAACACAGACAAAAAAGCGUGCUAGAAAAACUCACCUGUGAAAAUAUAAAUAAAUAAAUACGUCGAAAACCGGUGAACCAUGAGCGACAGCGAGACGGAGGAGACCAAGAUCAGCACGGAGCCGGUGGACAAUGCCUGGGCCAUGAAGAUACCCACCUUCAAGGCAGAGGACAAUCCGCACGGCAUGGUGGAGGAGAGCUCGUUCGCCACGCUAUUCCCCAAGUACCGAGAACGUUACCUAAAGGAAGUGUGGCCCUUGGUGGAGCAGUGCGUGGCAGAGCACCACUUGAAGGCCGAACUGGACCUGAUGGAGGGCAGCAUGGUGGUGAAGACCAGCCGUAAGACGUGGGAUCCCUACAUCAUAAUCAAGGCGCGCGACAUGAUCAAGCUGAUGGCCCGCAGUGUGCCCUUCGAGCAGGCAAAGCGUGUGCUCCAGGACGACAUCGGCUGCGACAUCAUCAAGAUCGGCAAUCUGGUUCACAAGAAGGAGAAGUUCGUCAAGCGGCGCCAGCGCCUGAUCGGUCCCAACGGAGCCACGCUCAAGUCCAUUGAGCUCCUCACCGACUGCUACGUGCUGGUUCAGGGCAACACUGUCUCGGCUCUGGGUCCGUACAAGGGCUUGCAGCAGGUCAGAGACAUUGUGCUGGAGACCAUGAACAACGUCCAUCCCAUUUACAAUAUCAAGGCGCUAAUGAUCAAGCGCGAACUGAUGAAGGACCCGCGGUUGGCCAACGAGGACUGGUCACGGUUCCUGCCCAAGUUCAAGAACAAGAACAUUAGCAAGCGCAAGCAGCCAAAGGUGCGCAAGACCAAGAAGGAGUACACACCGUUCCCGCCCACACAGCCGGAAAGCAAGGUGGACAAGCAGCUGGCCUCGGGCGAGUACUUCCUCAACCAGGAGCAAAAACAAGCCAAGCGGCAGCAGGAGCGCAGCGCCAAGCAGGCGGAGGCUGCCAAGCGCCAGGACGAGCGUCGCAACAAGGACUUUGUGCCACCUACAGAGGAGAAAGCUUCUUCGUCUCAGAAGGACAGCUCCUCAUCCAGCAAGGUGGACGUCAAGGCUCUCAAGGCGAAACUGCUCAAGGCAAACAGAAAAGCAAGGAGUUGAUCAUCCGGAGACGGCGUUCUUUUUGUUUAGUUGUAAUUAUUAGCUCUUAGAUUUACUUCAAUUAGAAAAGGAUUGUGAACAAAAAAGCCUAAACAUGUUUUAUAUGUGAUUUCCAAAUCUACAAUUCAAAGUUU